UACUUUACUCACUAAUCACACCCAAUUAAUCGCAUCACCACCUUUCAGAUAGAAAAAAAAAAGCUCGUCUCCACCGUCGGAUGCCCCGCAAAAUGUCAUCUCACGGCAGCAAAACCAGCGUCCACAUCACGGCCCUGGACGGCAUCGUGAACGUGAAUUCCCUCUUCACGUUGGCCGUCUUCAUCGGGCUGACGUGGAACCCCAAGGACCCCACCAACUCCCUCAUCGACGCCGACGCCGACGCCAGCUGCACCCCCGGCCCCUCCGUCGCCGAGGAUCUGGUCGCCUUCCAUGUCUACUCCUUCAGCUCCUUCCUCUUCUCCAGCCUCGUCGCCGUUGGCCUCAAGCAGGCCAUCCGGAUCUGGCGCAGCCCCCACUGCCACCCCGGCGCCGGCGGCGGCUUCCUCUGCCGCAUCAACAAGAACUUCCUCCGCGUCGGCAUGCUCGUCUCCGGCAUCGGCUCCGUCGCUGGCUGCGCCUUCCUCAUGCUCGCCCUCAUCAACGUCGUCCAGAUCAAGCUCGGCACCCUCGGCUGCGGCUCCUCCUACACCUACGCCGCCGUCGUCCCCCUCGUCAUCUUCGUCCCCGCCGCCCUCCUCAUCUACAUCCUCAUCGUCCUCUUCGCCUUCUUCAGUCGCUAACUAGCUAGGCUGCUUAUUGA